CGUUUAGUACCAAAGUUCUAAACGAUCUUGCUGCUGGUAACGAUGAAACGUCAAAGUGUUGGCGGUGGGCGAUGGACCGCAGUUUGUUUAUUGUUUUUAGUUGAAAUACAUUCCAUCGGAUGCUAGAAAUCGGGUAUUAGUGCAAUGGCGACGAAGUUCAAUGGUUUCACUCAAGACGAGAUCAACAAAAUCACAAAGCCAGAUAAGCCAAAAAAAGUGCAGAUGAUGAGUCGCGGUAUUCGUCGAGUUCCGGAUAGAAAAACUGCGCAAGGUGAUAUAUUAGGCAGAGAUGUAAAUGACAAGUUAUCCUCCGUGCAGAAGGAUGUGCCGAACAAAACGUUGCCGAAAUUGUCGGAGCCGGCGGACAACAGUCUGGACAGCACAAUUACGUCAAUGCAAGAAGUUCUGCAUUUCAAACCACUGCCUGCAAAAAAUGCUCAAAAGGCAAUGCACGAGCCACCGGCGGAAGACGAAUCGAUUUUGCAUAUCAGCAGCGGCAAUGAAAGUCAGCCAGGGAUGGAGGCCUCAUCACCAUUUAGAGGGAUCUCCUUAAAGGAUUUCCAGGCUCAACAAAAAUUGAUCCAGGAGCAAAAUAAGCAGAAGAAGGAGCUACUCCAUAAAGCCAUUGAACAUCAUUCUCAAAAAACUGCAGCAGAAAUUCAGAAGAUCCACACCAUAAAAGCUGAGUUAGAGAAAUUGGACAGUGAUUUAGCCGCCGAUGUUGCAAUUCUUCGGAAGAAAAUUGAAGAUGCUACUAUUCAGUAUUCCAAUGUUAGGAAAGCAUAUGAACGUGUCGAAUCACAAUUCCUGAAGGCGAAGCUGGAACUACAUCAGGCAGGUGAGAAAAAGGAACUUUUAACUGAGCAUUUAUGUACGGUUAUUGCACAUAAUGAAGACCGCAAAGCGAAAAAAUUAACUGAAUUAAUGGAAAAAGUAGGUUUGUCUCCUAUCGGUGAUCUGGAUUUACCAGCAAAUGGAAAUGCAAUCGAUUAGCGGAUUAGCGUAAUUGAAUUAUUUAGUGCAUGUAUAAUAAUGUAAUAACGAAAUAGGAAUAAGGAUCAUAUCAAAUAGCAAAUAGGAAACAUGAAAUGAAUAUCUUAGCCAUAAAAUGGUAACGCUAGGUUAUGUAUGUAUUGUAUUUAAGAAAUGUUGAUAUCAAAAUAUACAUAAAUGUUUUUAAA